GUGCACCUUAGAUGGGUAGGUCUCUAGAUAGGUAGUUUAAUGGGUCUAUUGUGACAUAAACCAAAUAAAAAAACCUGUACAUUUUCAAUAAGCUUGUUACAUGUGCCAUAUAGGUCAACUGUGCACAGUUUGAACUGAAUCAGUCCAAGUGUUUGCCAGAUAUCGCGUUCACAAACAGAAAAACAGACAGACAUGAUCGGCUUGUUAUAUGUGGCAUAUAGGCCAACUGUGCAAAGUUUGAGCCGAAUUGGUCCAAGCGUUUGCCAGUUAUCGUGUUCACAGACAGACAGACCCCACAUCGGCUCUCCUAAAAAGCUAGCAUCGCUUUGCUCUGGCGCCUAAUAAUUAUUUCAUUUUUUGAUGUAUGAACUAUGUAUGAACUAUAUUGUUCUUGCAAAAUGGAUGGAUGGAUGUUCCUGGGACCGUUAAUAUGAUAUCGAACAAAUUUCAAGUGUAGUUAUAAUUUGUUUGAUAUUAUCGAUAAUUUGAGAUAUAAUACUCAAGUGGCCGAUAAGAAAAUUGUAAAAUAAGUUGCUUAUGUGGGUCUUGUCUAUAAGUGACGUGUAAAAAAGUAAAAACAGAAUUAUGAACAUAAAUAUACUAUUCUUAUUAACUUUCUCUGUAUUCCAUAAUGCAUUUGGUUUGUAUUUUUACAUGGGAGAAACUCAACGAAAAUGUUUUAUCGAGGAAAUUCCGGACGAAACAAAUGUUAUAAUGGCCUAUAGCGUUGAAUUGCACGGUCUUGAUCCUGGUGGUGGUGGUACAAUGCUUUCAUCCGAUAUUGCGCUGCACGUUGAAAUCACUGACCCAGAGAACAAAAUACAGUUGUCUCGCACAUAUAGUUUGAAAGGUCGUAUAUCGUUUACGUCUCACAAAUCUGGCGAGCAUAGAAUUUGUAUGAACUCUAACAGUACUGCUUGGUUUAGCGGUACUCAGUUGAAAGUACAGCUCGAAAUUCAAGUUGGUGUAGGGGCAGUUAACUAUGAAGAGAUAGUGAAGAGAGAAAAAUUAUCUGACGUUCAGUUACGAAUUCGACAACUGUUAGAUCAAGUGGAACAAAUUACGAAAGAACAAAAUUAUCAACGGUACCGCGAAGAAAUUUUCAGAUAUGUGAGCGAUGACACAAAUCACGUGGUUUUAUGGUUUGCAGUAAUACAAGCAGUAAUUGUAUUAAUGAUGGGUGCUUGGCAAAUAAGGCAUCUCAAAUCAUUUUUUGAAGCAAAAAAGAUAGUGUAAAACUUUAGUUAUCUAAAUAAUAAUUUAGGGUUUUCAAUGGACAUUUAAGUGUACCUACCUCUACCUACAGUUUUACAUUAAUAAAUUUGUAAUUUAAGUAUUACCUAUGUCACAGAUUAACUGAGUCUGUGCUUAUGUGCAUGAACUUAUUACACUCAUCCUUUGAAAUAUUCAAAGACUCAUCUAUCUGCUUUAUUUAAAACAUCGUGUCAAUAAAACUAAGUUUACUUUUUUUAAUUGCUGUGUGAAUUGUGAUAUACCUGGACAUCAACUGUCGAUGUUUUUAGCGCAUUUUUUAAGAAUUAAAAAAUAUGUGCUAG